AAUAGAUUGUGAAUUCCAAGAAGCGAUUGUGAUUCGUGCAGUUUGUCCGCGUGGCCGUUCUGCUGUGUGACAAACCGGGGGUGACGUAUUCCGGGCAGUGAGACAGUGAGACCAGACCAAAGAAGAGAAAAAAACCAAAACAAAUCCAGCAACCAGCCCUGGAGAGGAGCGAUGGGGAAAAUUCCAGCCAAUCAACCGAAAUCGGUGCCGCCGGUGCCGCGGAAGGAACCGCAAACUCUGCUCGCCAAGAUACGCAAGGAGUACGUAAGCUUAACGUUUGCCAAAUCGCUCAUCUUCGACCCGGCCCGGUUGCCGCUGAUCUCGAUCCUAAUUUUGGCCGCUGAGUUGGUGCUGAACGUGUUCGUGGUGCAAAAUGUGCGCUACACCGAAAUCGACUGGAAGGCGUACAUGCAGGAGUGUGAAGGGUUUCUCAACGGCACCACCGACUAUUCGCAGCUGCGAGGUGAUACCGGCCCGCUCGUCUAUCCUGCCGGGUUUGUCUACAUCUACAGCGCGCUGUACUUCCUAACAUCACACGGCACCAACAUUCGCUUGGCCCAGUAUGUCUUCAUUGGCAUCUAUCUGCUUCAACUGAUGCUCGUACUCCGGCUGUACUGUAAGAGCCGUAAAGUCCCCCCAUACGUGAUGGUCAUUACCAUUUUCACCUCCUACCGGAUUCACUCCAUCUACGUGCUGCGGUUGUUUAACGAUCCGAUUGCGAUCCUGUUCCUUUACGCCGCCCUGAAUGCGUUCAUUGACGGUCGAUGGACGCUCGGCAGCGUAAUGCUCAGCUUGGGCGUUUCGGUAAAGAUGAACAUCCUUCUGUUUGCUCCGGCCAUUCUGCUGCUGUACAUUACCAAUCUGGGAUGGCUGAAAACGGCCCUUCAGCUGACGGUCUGUGGAGUGAUACAGCUGAUCCUGGGUGCUCCGUUCCUUCUUACCCAUCCGUGGCAGUACCUUAAGGGCAGCUUCGAUUUGGGGCGCGUGUUCGAGCACAAGUGGACAGUAAACUAUCGCUUCCUCGAGCCGGAAGUGUUCGAAAGUAAGGUGUUUCAUCUGGCACUGCUCGGACUGCAUCUCACGCUGCUGCUCGUGUUUGCAUCGCCCUGCUACAAGUACUUCCAAAAUUACUGCCGCCUGCGCCACCUGGAGAUGAUGCUGAUGCCACAGAUAGAGGCACAAAAUCGGGCUGAAAAGGAUAAGGUGAAGAAGGGUAAGCAAUCGAAAGCCAAAGCAUUGCCGGCUGCUAAAGGAGACAACGGGGAGGAAAAGCUAACGCAGGAUCAGGAAAAGUUUUUGAAAUCGUUUGAAAAGGGCAUUAAAAAGAUGUCCGGUAAGCAGCAGCAGCAGCAGAAUGUCGCCCCGGUGGAAACGGAAUCACCGGCAGCAGCGAACCCAGCGGCCAACAAAUUUUCCAUCCACUUCGAUCGAUCCACCCAACUCGCGCUGCUCCCCAUUUUCCUGUCCAACUUUAUCGGCAUCGUUUGUGCGCGUAGCUUGCACUACCAAUUUUACGUGUGGUACUUCCACAGCUUGCCCUACCUCACUUGGUACACGGAGUAUACGAACAGUUUGAAGUUUUUGCUUCUUCUGCUGCUGGAAUUCUGCUGGAACACGUACCCGAGCACGGUACUGAGCAGCGUGGUCCUGCACGCCUGCCACGUGUGCCUGCUGGUUGGCAUUGGAAGGAAAUUGUUCCGUCGGAUUCCGGAUCUUGCUCAGCUGAACAAUAAGACAGAGUAAAACCUGCCCGAGCCGGACCUUCUGCUGCGGGAUGCAUUUGAAUUCUCCGUUUGAAUUGUGCCUUAAAUUGUCGAAUAGGUGUGAAUGUUUGUCUUUUCUGUUUGUUUGUGUGUUUGUGUGAAUAGAUAGAGAUAGAUUAGAGCAGCGUGAAUGAUUAUUUACCUAACUGAGCAUGUGUGUGCGAUUUUACAACAUUUGGGGAAAUGUUAUUUAUGAUUUCUUUAAGUAAUUUAGUUCGAGCAAUAAAGACAAGACAUUUUCCUA